GUACAAGGGCUUGGACUCCAGAAUGCCUACAGAAAUGACCGCAGCACCCACCAGCUAAUAAAGCAACUGAUGGCUUUAUCGUACCUCCCUACUGACAAGAUCGAACGCAGAUUCCGUCGACUCCAGCAGCAAGCAACUGUCAGACCCUUGCAGGAUUUCUGCAGUUACAUAGAUGAAAACUGGAUAAUCAGUCAGACCUUCCCGCCACAGAACUGGAGCGUGUUCCUAGAAGCGGUCAGAACGAAUAACGACCUAGAGGGUUGGCACAAUGAACUGAACCGGCGCGCCAAAGGACGAUCACAGCUGCCCCUGUACAUCCUUAUCCAGGUACUUCACCGGGAAGCUACACUGGUCAGCAUGCAGAUCCGUCUGGUUUCAGACAAAAAGCUGAAGAGACAUCAGCGGUCAAGCUACCGGACCAUGCAGAGAAGACUCUUCGACCUCUGGAGUCAAUACGAAGACGGCCUAAGGAAUUCAAAGGAGCUUCUGGAGGCCUGUGCUCACCUCGUACAACCCAUGUAA